AUGACACACAUCACAAGGGUUUGGACUGUGCUUUCCAUCAUACUACUAUGCCUUCUUUCUCCAGUGAACAGUGAGACGGAGGAACUGGAUGAAGGCAUAGAGAAAUAUCAUGAUGCUAUUACUAAAACUAUUCAUUGGGCUCAAACUAUUAAUACUCUUGUAGAGCCUUUUUUUGAAGGAGGAAAUUCACAAGUAUGGAUAGAUGUGCUAAAAGGUUUUACACAUCAGAAGGUACGCACAAUAGAUGAAGAAAGAGAAAAGAAGGAAACAUAUACUUUAUAUCCGCGUAGCAAACUCAGAGAUGCAGUACAAGAAUCUGGUGAAAAAUCAAACGAUGUACAGAUUGAGCCGUUCAACGGGUUAAACGUUCCCAAAGAAAGGCCUGUUCGAUCAGGGAGGGAGUGUUCAUAUGGUCAUCCAGCAGUCCCUGCUUCUACUGUAUUUCGAUGUAAUGGAAAAAAUUUGUCGGCUAUAGAGUACAGUCAACUGAAUAACGGGGAACAGAAUUCAUGCACUUUUCCUGAGGAUACGCUGGAGGUGUGUAUUUGUCCACCCAGUGCCACUUGGACAUUAAAGGGAAUACAAGAAUCCUGGAUGUGUACACCGAGGUUGUUGAUGGUAACACCGCGUCUGAGUGAUAAAUAUAUUUGUCGUGAUGAGAUGGAACACAAUCCUCUGGGGCUUGAGCAAAGAAGUGAAAGUGAUUUCUGUCUGCGAGUUCGUCGGCGUGAAAUACUUAAUCUUUCUGUGAGUAUCAGUUACAGAUGGGCAGAAAAUAAUGAAAUGGCAAAUUUUAUUGCACUAAGUGACAAGGUUGUUGUUUUUGGUAAAGUGCCGGAGAAUCAGGUAUUUGUGACGUUGAAGGAAGGCGCUGUUGGGACGUACAAUGAGCUAGGAAGCUCGGAAGAUCUCUUUGCAUUUGCUGUCAGUCAUAAUUAUUCUAAUCCUUAUGCAUUCAGAAUGAAUUUCAAUCACCCAAUGCAAAAGGAUGGAUAUUUUGAACGCAUUGUGUACCCGUUUUCGCAUCCAGAGAUGAUGGAAAGUGGAAGAGAAUUAAUAGAAUUGUCGACAAUUUCAGCUUUAAAUGAAUUUUUUGGUGGUAAAGGGAAUAAUACCAUCCGUAAUGUUCAUGUGGACUUGGGUUUGCUUGGUGAUGAGUUUGUUACUGGAAAUACAAUGUAUAUGGAGAUUGGUUUCGCAAGUACAGGAGUUCCGUUAAAGCAUCGCCAUGCUCGUGUGUGGAUUACCUUUGAAGAUAUUCCUACACCACCUGAACAAUAUAAGUAUGGUCAGCCAGUGAAUCCUCUUAUCGUUGCAGUCGCUGUUAUUGCUUCUGCACUCGUUGUAGGGAUUAUAGUGGGUUUAGUGAGGUAUUUCUGCCACCAGCAACAAGUUAUUGAGGAUCGAUUAGUGACAAAUCCCCUGCGGGGUCGUGAAAGUAAAAAACAACGGUAA